ACAACGGUCUGACACCGACGUUCUACUAAUAAGGUUCAAGGCUUCCUUAUCUGGCAAACCAAACAUUUAUUGCUCAAAACAAACAUAAACGUUUUUAAAGUUCUUCAGUUGUAUAUGAUAUUUCAACAGUAUAUUUUGUUAGCAGGUGGUCAAGAAGACUCACGUGAGCAACCUGUAAGUAAAAGAGCAGCGUGCCAAGACCAGUGUCCAGAUGGCUGGACAUAUUUCAGAGGAUCGUGCUAUCUUUUCGUUGAUAAUAUGAGUUUGGAUUGGACAGAGGCAAUUCAUCACUGCUCAAUUCAUCAUGGUCAGUUGGCAACUAUAGAGACGAAAGCUGAGGACCUUUUUAUCCAGGACAUGGCAAAAAGAUUGUUCAGAAAUUUUUCAGACAGAAUGAAAACCUUCAGUUCAUUUUGGCUGGGAGCUUCUGACAGCACUGUUGAAGGCCUCUGGACAUGGUAUACUGAUGAUUCGGACUUAAUGUACACCAAUUGGUCCCCUGGACAGCCGGACAGUCAUCUUGGUGUAGACGAGGAUUGUUUAGUUUUAUUCGGUCCCCAUAACUAUACAUGGGACGAUGCGUCAUGUACUAUGCGUAAACACCAUCCUCUUUGUGAAAUAGACUUAACACAAGAAGAAAUAUUUGGAUAGAUCAACUUCUUUACGCAUUUUUAACCUGGAAAUAAACAAUUGAAGCGUA